GCUGCAGCCUUUCAAACACCUGUCAUGUUUCAUCCUAUCAGUUCCAGCGCCAGUUGAGUCGAUCACCAUGGGCAGCAUCUCUAAAGAUAUAGACUCGACGAAACUUCUCGUCAAGCAGGCCGACAAGCUCAAGCCAUUGCAGCCGGCUGACAAGCUGCAGUUCGGCCGUUCUUUUACGGACCACAUUCUGUCCGUUUCAUGGGAUGUCAACACAGGAUGGACCGAGCCGGUCAUUGAGCCUUACAAAUCACUGGAACUCGAUCCAGCAGCAGCUGUUUUCCAUUACGCUUUCUGUUGCUUUGAGGGUAUGAAAGCGUACAAAGAUGCUCAGGGGAAUGUACGCCUAUUCCGGCCAGAAAGGAAUAUCCAACGACUCAACAGAUCUGCUGCGCGUGUAGCUCUGCCGACAUUCAAUGAGAAUGAACUUCUCAAGGUCCUGAUUGAAUAUGCCCGGCUUGAAAGUCGCUGGGUUCCUGAAGGCCGUGGCUUCGCAUUGUAUUUACGUCCAACCUUAAUUGGCACCGGAGCCGAUGUCAGCGUAUCGCGUCCGCGAUCAGCCCUGCUAUAUGUUAUCGCAAGUCCGGUGGGCAACUACUUUGGCAGCAGUGGCGUUAAAGCCAUUUCGCUUGAGGCUGCAUCUUCACCAGUUCGCGCAUGGCCUGGAGGGGCCGGAGAUAAUAAAGUUGGCGGUAACUAUGCGCCUACGAUUGUCGCUCAGGAGCAAGCCAGCGAGCGAGGGUUGCAGCAGGUAUUGUGGCUGCUCGGUGACCCUUCCGUGCCUGAAGAACACUACAUUACCGAGGCCGGUACGAUGAAUUUGUUUGUCGCAUGGGUGAAUCCUGAGACAAACACCAAGGAACUCCUCACUCCACCUCUCGACGGCACAAUUCUUCCGGGUAUAACGAGAGACUCGAUUCUCGACCUCGCCCGCGAACGACUUGUGCCAGAUGGUUGGACAGUGUCAGAAAAACGAGUUUACAUGCGUGAGAUCAAAGAAGCUUCCGAGCAAGGACGUCUGCUGGAUUUCUUUGGGGCGGGAACCGCUCUUAUUGUCAGCCCGAUCCGUUCAAUUACUUGGAAUGGAGGGGUUGUCGACUGCGGACUAAAGGAGGGCCAUGAAAUCGGGGACCUUGCGCAGACAGUGAAGAAAUGGAUUGAGGAUAUUCAGUAUGGAGAGACGGAACAUCCCUGGAGUAUUGUCGCCUAAAUCUAUUCUCUUGUGUCAACAUGUACGGGAAAGAUGCGAACGAGUCAUCUAGUGUUGAUUUCUUUAUUUAGAGCGGAAUUUUCUCGGAUUUUACAGAUUUUCGGUCUGAUAGAACAUUGCUUAUCUGAAAUUUCAAAAGAAACAUAAAAUCAUUAGUUUUAUUAGUCUAUAUAGUGAAUAAACAUUGUGAUUGUCUUAUUUAUA